GCAGUCAGUUCCUCCAGACAACUCUACCCACAACAUGAACACUAAGAUCUUGAUCCUGCUGGGCGUGGCAGCCCUGGUAGCAGCAGACAGCCGGGAGACCUUCUCUUAUGCUGCUCCUCGGCGAGUUUCUUCAGCCGAGUCUAGUGAAGCUCAGUACAACUUCAACUAUGCUGUGAAACACGAAGACUCCGGCAACGACUUCGGUCACCAGGAGACCCGCGACGGUGACGACACCAAGGGGUCGUACUACGUGCAGCUUCCCGACGGUCGUCUGCAGACCGUGACUUAUUUCGUGGACGGUGACUCAGGCUACAUCGCUGAUGUCAAGUACGACGGUGAGGCUCGCUACCCAGACUCCGACGAGUCCAGGGAGGCUCCCCGCUACGCCGCUCCUAGGCCCCGCUACUUGGACUCCAAUGAGUCCAAGUAAUUACCACUAUCACCUCCUACAGGCGCCUCCAACACU